AGGAGGUCUGUCUGUGCAAGUUCCAGUGACAACAAACCGAUAAGACAUUCAUACAAGCACUCAGACACAGACAGCCAGGUUACAAAGAUAGAGAGAGGGCAGAAGCAUGUUUUAGAGGGACUCAUGCACUUAAGCUUCAGCUGGGAGUUCAGCAGGGAUCAUCUUUGGGAGAACUAAGUGAGAGAUUCUUGCUGUAAAUCUCUCUGAGGAGGGAGUGUAGAGUUUAGAGAAGAAAUAGAAAGUCAAAGGCAGGAAAAACGCAAGGACUGGAGAGGAGCUCAGUCCAGAGGAGCAAAGGACAACAGAUAAGGACGUGUAAAGACAAGGCAUGGGCUGGAUAUUUCACAGCGUUUGUAUACCUGAGGAGUUUUAAUCAAGGGAAAAAUUGCAAAGCGGGAACAAGUUUUGCAGCUUUUGCGGAUUCAUUGUGUUGGAGAGCAAAUCAACAGUGCACGUUUGAGACGAGCAACCGAAGGCGGGACUUGAGGAAGAAUCACGUUCCUGGGCUUGCUGCAGCCCCUCCACAGAGAAGUUUUGGUCUCUGGAGAACAAUUUCUUUCAGUCAUCCUGAGGCAGUCCCAGUGUCAGUCAUGGCGGGGGAGGAGCAGUUAUCCUACAGCCAGGCCAUUCAGAGCGCCACCGGCUCCCUCUAUCGCUUCCCUGUGAUCCCAGUCAAAGGGGUGCCUCUCAUGAACCACAUCGCCAACAACUGGGACUCCAUCUGGGCUUUCUCUCCUCACCCCACAGACCUCCUCAUCGCCACCUACCCCAAAGCAGGCACUACUUGGACCCAGGAAAUAGUCGACCUGCUUCUUCAUAAUGGAGACACUGAGAUUUGCAAACGUGCUCCCACACCUGUCCGCAUCCCUUUCCUGGAGAUCUUCUCCCCACCGCCCAUCCCCUCAGGUCUUGACCUUCUGGAGAAAAUGCCCCCUCCAAGAGUUAUCAAGACACAUCUUCCAUUUCAUCUGGUGCCACCUGGAUUUUGGGAAAAGAACUGCAAGGUUAUCUACGUGGCACGCAAUGCUAAGGACAACCUGGUGAGCUACUACCACUUUGAUCGCAUGAAUCUGACCCAGCCUGAGCCGGGGCCCUGGGAGGGCUACAUCAACAAGUUCAUGCGGGGAGAGUUGGCCUGGGGCUCCUGGUACGACCAUGUGAAGGGUUUCUGGGAGGAGCGAGAGAAGAGGAACAUCCUCUACCUCUUCUAUGAAGACAUGAAGGAGAAUCCUCGGCGGGAGGUGGAGCGCAUAAUGCAGUACCUGGACCUGUCGCUCUCUGAUGAUGUCAUCAGCCGUAUUGUUGAGCUCACAUCGUUCAAGAGCAUGAAGGAGAACCCGAUGGCCAACUACACCUUCAUCCCCAAGCCUGUGUUUGACCACUCCAUCUCUCCCUUCAUGAGAAAAGGUGAAGUGGGUGAUUGGACUAACCAUUUCACCCCUGGCCAGUCGAAGAUGUUUGAUGAAGAUUAUGAAAAGCAAAUGAAGGACGCCAACAUACCCUUCAGGACCCUCAUCUAAUGGGAAUUUCAGAUUUACCAAACUGAUGCAACUCAGCAAACCAAAGACCAACAAGCUGCCAAUGCACCCCACUCAGGAGGAAGAAGUACUGUUUGAAAAAUCAGAGGAACAAUGAUUCACACCACGGAACACUGUAGUCACUGCACCUUUUUUGUAGCAACACAGAGCCAGUCAUCCAAUUUUAUGCUUUGUAAUGAUCAAUAAAGACGUGCUACACAA